AUUUACAAUUUUUUAUUUUUAUUUUUUUUACAUUUGUUCUCAGUACUCAUUUAUACAUCUUUUUAAACAAUGAUUUUUUCGAAAAAGGAGCAGCCGCAUUAUGAUGAAUCACUGUCUCCGCCACCCUCAAUACUGGAUCAGACGGAUCAAGAAGCCAAACAGAGACUGGAGAAGCAAUUAGUCAAAAAACUCGAUACUCGUCUACUUAUCUGGGCCUUCUUUGGCUACUUUGCCAACGGUCUCGAUAGAAACAAUAUGCCCAAUGCUUUUACCAAUGGUAUGGAAGAAGAUUUGCAACUUGUUGGCUCCAGAUACAACUGGGCUAUCACCAUGUUCUUCAUCGGCUAUAUCGUACUGCAAAUUCCAGCCAAUGCCAUCAUUACCAAAGUGCGUCCCAACAUCAUGCUUCCCGGUGUGGUAUUUGUAUGGGGAGCUAUUGUAUGCUUCAUGGCCCUCGUCACCAACUACCAAGGUCUGUGGGGUCUUCGUAUUUGUCUCGGCUUCAGUGAAGCGGCGUUUUACCCCGGUAUUGUCUUUUUGCUGGGAAAUUGGUACACAAAACAAGAACUGGGAGCUCGAACGGCCAUCUUUGUAGCUGGAUCUCAGAUUUCCGGAGCUUUCAGUGGUCUUAUUUCAGGUGCUAUUGCCAGUAGCCUCGACGGAGCUCACGGGAUGCGUGGUUGGAAGUGGCUUUUCAUUAUUGAAGGUCUGAUUGCGGUGGCUGUUGGCAUCUGUGGCUUUUUCUUGCUUCCCAAUUUUCCUCACAACACACGAUUCAUCAAGGGUGAAAUGCGUGAACUGGCCAUCGCCCGUCUCGAAAGACAGGGAAAGAAGGUGAUGUCGACGGGUUUGAAUCUGGUGACGUUGCGAAAUCUGAUUACCACACCUUAUGUAUACCUUUAUGUCUGUAUCUUCACAUGCAUGCAAAUGGGGAUGGGUAUUCUUCAGCAAUUUCCCAUUAUUCUGAAAAAAAUCGGUUACACCAGUUCGUUCGCCAAUUAUAUGAUGGUCCCGAUCUGGCUGUGGGCCGGCGUGGUGAUUAUUUUCCAAGGCUGGUUAUCGGAUCGAAGAGGCCAUCGUUGCUGGCAUAUUGUCGUGGGCGGUUUGUGGACUCUCUUAUGGUACAUUUUGCUCGUGGCGGUCAACGGAGGCAACGUCCCUAUUGGACUCUUGUUUGUGUCCGCAUACAUGGUGGCACCGGUACUAGGAAUCUCUCCGAUCAUGAUGACUUGGUGUAACGAACUGUACGCCUGUGACAAUGAAACCCGCGCCCUUGCCAUUGCCAUUGUCAAUUCACUCGGCAAUCUCGCGCCAAACUUUAUCAAUGUGCCCGUGUGGGAAGUUGAUCUUGCCCCCGAAUUCCGCCUUGGAAAAAUCGUCACUAUGAGUAUGACUGCUGGCAUGGUCCUCAUGUGUCUCGCCGUCUACUUUUUGCAAAUCAACGAGAUUUUGCUGCCGAAACCCUUGCAAAGAAUAGAAACAGAAAUUGUAAAGAAGGAAGAAUCUGUUUAAAAUGCUAUCCUCAUGCUACUUCUCACACUAAAAUAUAUACAUGUAUAUUAUAA